AAUCUGUGACUUUCGACGCUUCGGAGUUUCCACAAGAGAUCAACUUUAGUGGAGCAGGGGAGGUUCGUAUCCAGGGAAAGAAACUUCUUGGCCACCAGCUGCUUGCGUUAUUUGUGAAACGCUUUCACCAUGUCCGUCGCAGCAAGAAGGGUUUCCUUAGUGAGAUUUUACUUCCGGCUGGAUUUGUCUGCUUGGCCAUGGUGUUUGCGCUGAUUACACCCCCGUUUUCUGAGGAGCCAGCCUUGGAGCUUCAGCCUUGGAUGUAUGAGCCUAAGAAGGGAGAUUCUUCACUCUUUACAUUCUACAGCAAUGACCAAACAUCACACCCAACUUCAGCAGCAAUGGAAGCCAGCUUGUUGAAAGUACCUUACUAUGGCUGUCGAUGUAUGAACUCCAGUCUCUACACAAUCAGCGGCAAGUCUUGUGCAGUAGACACUGGUGGUCUUAGCUGGACUUCACGGCCAUCAUUGACUGGGAACAUUAGCAUUGAUUCUCCUGCCUGUUCCUGCGAGACUGGCUUUCAACAGUGUCCAGACAGUAA